AAUUCAAAAAAGUUAAGAGCCGUAUUUACUCAGGCAGCUCUGUAUUUCCCAAUCAAGGUCCCACGGUCACACCGACUCCAACUGCUAAAUAAACUUUUGAGCUGUAAAAUCAAUGAAAUAAGUGAAAAACCAGCAGUGCGAAUAAACGGAGAAACAGAGAGAAACGCAGAGGAGCACAACAUGGCACAUCUCCUGGAGAACCAACUGUUCACGGCGGCCAAGACCAUCGAGCAGCAGCUGGACCAACAGCUGGACCGCCUGGACAACCUCGACUCGGAUGAUUUGAAAACUCUGAGGGAGCAGCGCCUUCGCGAGAUGAAGGACCUGAACAACAAGAAGCAGGAGUGGCUCAGAAACGGCCACGGCACCUACACCGAGCUGGCCGACGAAAAGGAGUUCUUUGAGAUGUCGAAAAAGUCGCCCAACAUUGUGUGUCACUUUUACCGCGACAGCACCGAGCGCUGCAAGAUCGUGGAUAUGCAUCUGAAAAUCCUGGCCGCCAAGCACGUGGAGGCCAAGUUCUGCAAGGUGAACGCCGAGAAGUCACCCUUCCUCACCCAGCGGCUGCGCAUCAAGGUGAUACCCACCAUCGCCCUGGUGAAGGACAGCAAGACCAAGGACUUCAUUGUCGGCUUCUCCGAUCUGGGCAACUGCGACGACUUCGCCACCGAGAUGCUGGAGUGGCGCAUCGCCCACUCGGGAGCCAUCGAAUACAAGGGCGAUCUGAUGCAGCCCCCAGAUGUGAAGCGCAAGCCAUUCAUCAACCGCCCACAGAAGACAAUACGCGGCGGCUACGACUCGGAUGACUCCGACAUCGACCUGGAUGACUAACUACGGGCAGCCCGUCCCACGCUGUCGAUUCCCCCAGCUCCAGUUCCAGCUCCAAUCCCACACUCCCACACAAAAAACACUCAAAAGCGAUGGAGAAACGAAAACAGACACACACAAAUCAAAACCUAGCACAUGGAUCUAAACCAAUUAGGCGUACUUUAGCGUUAUUUAUUUAAUUAUACGAUUCCGAUCACUCUGCUACGGUCCCCAUCGCCACAUAGGAUUAGUGGCUUAUUCGGUUGCCUUUCCCCCGAUUAUGUGCUUUAAUAUCUAUCAGUUCAAUCAGCCGCCUCGAAGGCUGAGCCACUCUAGCGAGCUUAAGCGUACUCAAAAUUUGAUCUUUAUGGUAUUUGUAAUUCCAAAUCACUGUGCACCUCUCCAGUAUAUAUGUUUAGUUGAACAUAGUUUCACAAAUCGCUUUCGCUCCCGAAAACGGUGAUGUAAAACAAGAAACAAAAAACAAAAACAGCAUAAAAGACAAGCAACUAAACAUCUGGCAUAUAUAUUUCUAACAGUUCGAGAAAAGGUGUACUGCAUUUCCUACUGUAGAGGUAACUAACACUUUCAUAUGUACAAGUUUUUAUAUUUAUUUUUGUAAUUCUACAAAGCAUCAAAGGAAAUCAACUAUUAAAUUGCAUGUUUAAAACAAAGCAAACGUACUUAA